AUGGGCUCUAAUUCAGUGGACCACGUAUUUGCUUAUUCAGAUCUCUGGGCCACGUUGGUGAAAGAAGCCGUUGGUGAUAAGUUGGCUGUUGCUGCUGUCAGCAUGAUCAACAAUGGUGAAACGGCUAAGAUCCUUUCCCAGGAUAAUGUUGACGUUAUUCUCGUUGAUCGCGCCUUCCAGCGCGAUACUGGGUUGGCAUGGCACUUUGCUAAGGAUUCGGACGUGGAAAUCUCUAUGCUGCACACAUCCGUUGGGGUUUCACCAGCUUGCGCAAUGCUUCCGAGUAUAUCCAGCCAAACUCUAUGA